GCAACUCCAGGAAAAGAGAAAAAGACAGUGUUACUCCAAUAUUCCCGGUUGUGUAAGGAAAACAAUCAAAGCUCGACCCUAAGGAAAACAAAAAAAUACAAGAGGCUGCGCGAAUGCAUCCGACUCUUCAAACACAAUCCAUUUCCGGUCUGGGGCCCUGGGAAAACAAGGAGAGGAGAGACAAGGUAGCCGAAUUCAGUCCGCCAGUGUCCCAUAAUCCUCUUCUCUCGGUUCCUCUUUCCUCGCUCAAGAUGGCGCUGCUCGCGAUGCAUUCUUGGCGCUGGGCGGCCGCGGCGGCUGCUUUCGAAAAGCGCCGGCAGUCCGCGAUUCUGAUCCGGCCUUUAGUCUCUGUUAGCGGCUCAGGUCCGCAGUGGAGGCCACAUCAACUGGGCGCCUUGGGAACCGCUCGAGCCUACCAGAUCCCAGAGUCAUUAAAAAGUAUCACAUGGCAGAGAUUGAGAAAAGGCAAUUCAAGACAGUUCUUAGAUGCUGCAAAGGCUCUCCAGGUAUGGCCACUGAUAGAAAAGAGGACAUGUUGGCAUGGUCAUGCAGGAGGAGGACUCCACACAGACCCAAAAGAAGGGUUAAAAGAUGUUGAUACUCGGAAAAUCAUAAAAGCAAUGCUUUCCUAUGUGUGGCCCAAAGACAGGCCAGAUCUACGAGCUAGAGUUGCCAUUUCGCUUGGAUUUUUGGGUGGUGCAAAGGCCAUGAAUAUUGUGGUUCCCUUCAUGUUUAAAUAUGCUGUAGACAGCCUCAACCAGAUGUCGGGAAACAUGCUGAACCUGAGUGAUGCACCAAAUACAGUUGCAACCAUGGCAACAGCAGUUCUGAUUGGCUAUGGUGUAUCAAGAGCCGGAGCUGCUUUUUUUAACGAAGUUCGAAAUGCAGUAUUUGGCAAGGUAGCCCAAAAUUCAAUCCGAAGAAUAGCCAAAAAUGUCUUUCUUCAUCUUCACAACCUGGAUCUGGGUUUUCACCUGAGCAGACAGACGGGAGCUUUAUCUAAGGCUAUUGACAGAGGAACAAGGGGUAUCAGUUUCGUCCUGAGUGCUUUGGUAUUUAAUCUUCUUCCCAUCAUGUUUGAAGUGAUGCUUGUCAGUGGUGUUUUGUAUUACAAAUGCGGUGCCCAGUUUGCUUUGGUAACCCUCGGAACACUUGGUACAUACACAGCAUUCACAGUUGCAGUCACACGGUGGAGAACUAGAUUUAGAAUAGAAAUGAACAAAGCAGAUAAUGAUGCAGGUAAUGCUGCUAUAGACUCACUGCUGAAUUAUGAAACUGUGAAGUAUUUUAAUAAUGAAAGAUAUGAAGCACAGAGAUAUGAUGGAUUUUUGAAGACGUAUGAGACUGCUUCAUUGAAAAGUACCUCUACUCUGGCUAUGCUGAACUUUGGUCAAAGUGCUAUUUUCAGUGUCGGUUUAACAGCUAUAAUGGUGCUCGCCAGUCAGGGAAUUGUGGCAGGCACCCUUACUGUUGGAGAUCUAGUGAUGGUGAAUGGACUGCUUUUUCAACUUUCAUUACCCCUGAACUUUCUGGGAACUGUAUAUAGAGAGACUAGACAAGCACUCAUAGAUAUGAACACCUUGUUUACUCUACUCAAGGUAGACACCCGAAUUAAAGACAAAGUGAUGGCAUCUCCCCUUCAGAUCACACCACAGACAGCUACCGUGGCCUUUGAUAAUGUGCAUUUUGAAUACAUUGAGAGCCAGAAAGUCCUUAGUGGAAUAUCCUUUGAAGUCCCUGCAGGAAAGAAAGUGGCCAUUGUAGGAGGUAGUGGGUCAGGGAAAAGCACAAUAGUGAGGCUGUUGUUUCGCUUCUAUGAGCCUCAAAAGGGUAGCAUUUAUCUUGCUGGUCAAAAUAUACAAGAUGUGAGCCUGGAAAGCCUUCGGAGGGCAGUGGGAGUGGUACCUCAGGAUGCUGUCCUCUUCCAUAAUACUAUUUAUUACAACCUCUUAUAUGGAAACAUCAGUGCUUCACCUGAGGAAGUGUAUGCAGUGGCAAAAUUAGCUGGACUUCAUGAUGCAAUUCUUCGAAUGCCACAUGGAUACAACACCCAAGUAGGGGAACGAGGACUCAAGCUUUCAGGAGGAGAAAAGCAAAGAGUAGCAAUUGCAAGAGCCAUUUUGAAGGACCCCCCAGUCAUACUCUAUGAUGAAGCUACUUCAUCGUUAGAUUCGAUUACUGAAGAAACUAUUCUUGGUGCCAUGAAGGAUGUGGUCAAACACAGAACUUCUAUUUUCAUUGCACACAGAUUGUCAACAGUGGUUGAUGCAGAUGAAAUCAUUGUCUUGGACCAGGGUAAGGUAGCCGAACGUGGUACCCACCAUGGUUUGCUUGCUAACCCUCAUAGUAUCUAUUCAGAAAUGUGGCAUACACAGAGCAGCCGUGUGCAGAACCAUGAUAACCCCAAAUGGGAAGCAAAGAAAGAAAAUAUAUCCAAAGAGGAGGAAAGAAAGAAACUACAAGAAGAAAUUGUCAAUAGUGUGAAAGGCUGUGGAAACUGUUCGUGCUAAGUCACAUAAGACAUUUUCUUUUUUUGUUGUUUUGGACUACAUAUUUGCACUGAAGUAGAAUUGUUUUAUUAAAAAAAUCAUACAUUCCCA